UAAUGCCAACAUUCCUGGGCAGCCCUGUCAAAAAGGGGGUGGGUCAAAAAGGAGUCAACAAGGAAGACCUGAUCGACACAGGAUUAAACCUGACGGUGAUCUCAUCUUACCUUUUCAAAAGACUCCAAUUUGAAGCUAAGAGACAAGAUCGAACUCUUACACCUCAAACUUAUGAACUGAAUGUACAGGUGUACAGACAGGAUGACAUCCAGUUUGAACAGGUUGUUUCCAUUCACCUGACAUUCGUUCCGAUGAGUCUAAUACAUCCCAUGUAUGUCCCACCAAUGAACACUCAUACAUUGCUCAUCGACAAAGACCUGCUAGAACACUUUGACCCUUUUCUGAACUUCAAACAGCUAAAAGACUUUGCUCAAGUGCGAGAACCUCUUUCUCUCCAGCCACACAGGUUGCUAGAGCCAGACUGUCAGGUCGCAGAGGUCACGGGAACUCCCACAGAGCCAGACGGUCAGGUCACAGAGGUCACGGGAACCCCAGCAGCCAGCCAUGAGUACAACGCCCUAACAACAGGCCCAAGUUCAAGCCUCUGUACCUUAGUCAACAAACAGGGUACGGUGGUACCAGCUUACACCAAAGGGGUCGCUGUUCGGCUCAACCUGCAAGGUGGUCAAACCUUACACCACACGCUGGGUUUCUCCCAAUCCUCACCUGAAUGUGUGGAACUCGGACUCACACUUGCAAACAAGCAUGUCAAACACCAACACCUGUUCCAGCAAUGUGAUAACAUCACAAAAACACACAAUGUGAUCGUGUACUGGAAGAAGGUAAAAGGACACUCAAAGUUACCAAGUCUAGACGAGGACUUUAAAGAUCACACUGACACCCUUGCCAAAACUGGCACACUAAACAACAUUCUGUGGUCACUCCCAACCCACCCACCCACAUUCAAGGUUGAAGUGAUUACACACAGCACAAGAACUUUACUAGCUAAACUGCCUACCUCAGAAUCGCUUACGCAGGCUCCGUUGUCUACACAGACCAACAUAGCGGACAUGCGGGCUUCUGAAACCUUGAUAAUGACUUUGUUUUACCACCUCUCAGACCCCUCCAUCCACCCUGGCAACCAGUCUACAGUCACUGACAACAAAAGCCCCAGACCACUGCAUGAUACACAAACCAUGCUGCGUGCACAGAACAAUAUUGUGGGUUGUGCACCGUCUGACAUCACAAUGCCAGGGCGUGUAAUGCCACGGAGCAAAAGGGGGAUACUGCCAAUAUAUUUCCAUGACGCAGCAUGUGCUGCACCACGCAGCACCAGAGCCACUGACACAACACUGAGGCAAGCAUCAUGCCAGCAGCAAGAUGUGGCAAAACAUGGGCGAGGGCGAGCUAAACCCAGUCGCCGCCCACGAAGCAAAGAGACUGUCCUGUCCAACCAAAGACAGGCCUUGUUUGUUUCUUUCUCCCCUUUCUCUCUCUCUCUCCCUAUUAUCUGUACCAGGAUGCUGCUGUGGUUUGCCGUGCCGUGCUGUCAGCCAAAGAGAGGACAGCUGCCACCGAGAAAACCGCUGAGACUCCUGACUACCGAUGACAGGGCACACUACCCCAGCACUGUAACCGAAUACAGCUGUACAAGGUUCCGAUGGAGAGAGGACUCCCUCACUCACACUGAGGCCGAUGUCAAACACCUGUUCAGCCAAUAUGAGAAAGUGACGGUUACACAAAUAGAGUUAGGUGGACACCACCACCGCUCCAAUCAGUUCCCGGGAGCUUUGCUUAGAGCCGCUGCUGCCACCAGAAUGUUUAACAUUGUUAUGUCCAGUGUCAAUGCAGCGAACCAGACUGUAAACUCCUCGAAACCACUGUUUACUGUCUUCCAGAAGGACUUUACCCAGACUCAGCUGUUUACAGCGUUAACAACAGACAUGCUGUGGGAGGUUAGCUCCUCCAAAGACAGCCUAACCACGAGUAAAACCCCACCAUACAUGAUACCCUUAAGCCUUGUGUUAACUGUGCUGUCUUACGCCAUCACCAUGCCAGCUGACCUGCUACAAAUACACCUGGCCAACUCUCUGGAUAGCGCCUUCCUACGGCACGUAAACCCCAAACAGAGAGAAGUGAACGUGCUCCUGAACCAACUCAUCAGCGAGUCAAACCAAGUCUACAGACCUAAAGACAUUGUCAGUGUCAGGAUGUGGAAGAGCAACACCCACACCAAAACACACAUUCCAAAUGUGGUGGCCUACCACGAAAGCGACACACAGCUGUACCUGGCCCCAAACAUGCACAUGUGUACUUUAACCAAAAACAUUCAUUAUCUCUGCCUUAGCAAACCCUUCCUCAGACACAUCUCUGAAGGAAUCUGCGAGCCGCAACCCUGGGUCAGCGAUACGCGCUGCCCUGCUGAAGCCAAGCCUCGUACACAAGUCACAGAAACGCAAGCAGAGAUUGUGGGUAACAGAUGGCUCGUCAACACUCCUGUGCGCUCAGCUAUGCUGACCUACGACCAGCAUGACACCGCCACCCGUGCCAACCUGCUGGACCAAGUACUGAAAGGUACCACCCAACACAUUGACAUUACUCCUGUCGAUACAGCCCUCCAAGCACUGUCUCGACAGCCCAUUCUGAACCAGUCAUCUGCGGUCCUAGCCUGGACUGCUGCCGACACUGCACGGUGCAUCUCCACCGUCAUUGGUCCCGCCCUUACUCUUGGCGUGACCUUCAUCCUAUACAGGAUACUCAACGAGAUGCAAACCUCUACAGCCAAACUCACGACAACUGUGGCUGGAGGUCUCCGAUGGAAUCCCCGGAAAAGGGACGCAAAGUCAAAGACAAUACCGAACCUCACCAAGCUGAAUCCUCAGCUUCAGGAACCACCUGUCAUCAUGACCCACCUGCUGCAUGACCAUCACGAUUCACCUGUCAUCUGCCCAUCCGGAUGAUUGCCGUCCGAUGAUGUCCACACAGGGACUUCAUCUGACGUAAAGGGGGAGAUGUAACAGAUAUGCAGGCAAUCUACAGUACAUGGCCUGCUGCGAACCACCACGCCCGGCUCUGUCUCAAUGUGGUGCUGAAUCAGAUCAGUACGACCAGAAUACUUGGCUACACAUGGAUCCAGCAGCUUUUCUAGGGGACCCUGUCCAGGUAUGGACCCAGUCGAUCAGCUACUCAAGUUACAACAGGGGAGUUAAUUUAUUGAGGAUUACAUACAGCAGUUCUGUCAGCGUAGCCACCAGACCCAGUCUGUAUCCAGAUCAGAGGGUCACUGCAGUCACCCGGAUCCAGUACGUAUCCAGACCAGAUGGUGGAUCAGCACCUAGAAAGGACCUCUACAGCCCUGAAAGACAGCGGAGACCAGGACAACUAGAGCCCCAGAUACAGAUCCCCUGUAAAGACCUUGUCUCAGAUGUCCACCGGGACAAGACCACAAAAAACAGAUGAUUCUUCUGCACAAUCUGACUUUGCUGCAGCCUGGAAUUGAACUGUCAGCUGCACCUAAAUCUGUGAUUUCAGUUCUUCAGUCUCCCAGACUGGCAUCUAGUAUAAAUGAUCCACCACUGGUGGCGGCAUGUGCAGCUGGUAUACCAAAACCCACUCACUCUAGCCCUCCGGAGGCCUGUUCCUGAACUUUUUCCCCUAUCUGUAGUGCUUCCCACAAUGUUGAUGGCUUUAUGGAGUGUUUGGGCUGCAUACACCACCACUGAGACUCGUGAGACAGUGGCACCUACUAUGAUGUUUCCCAAGGUGGCAGCUGAUGCUACAGAACCUCCCAAGUUAAUGGCUCAAACUGUCUUGUCCCCAGAGGUGAUGGCGCCCACUGCAGUUUCUCCAGAGGUGGCAGCUCAUGCUGCAGAAUCUUCUGAGGUGGUGAAGCCAGCUUCAGCUUCUUGCAUGAUGGUGGCACCCAUUAAUGAACUCUCGCUGUUUUCUUAUGAUACUGCUGUAGAUCCUCCAGAGGUGUCAGUUGUACGCGUCUGUGAACUCAUUACCUGUCUUUUCAUGGCCAUGGAGGCAGCCUAUGAACUUCCUGUCUGUCCCGGUAGUUUCUAAAUAAAAGCUUGCACAUGGAUCCGCACCCCUCACGUCUUGUCUACUCCUACAUUACAGUAGACAUUCAAAAUGUGCGGAGCAGUAGUUCCCAAGAACUGCAGUUGAGAACCACUGUUGUAGUGGGUCUUACUGUGAUCUAUACCCAUGUACCAAACAGCAACUCAGAUAUUCAGGUUUCAUGGAGACCCUAGUUGAGGUUCCAACUGACCUAUCGGUAAGCCUAUACAGGUUGUGAGGGUGAGCUUGGAAAUGUAAUGUUUUAACUCCAAACUCUGAAAGAGUUAUUCCCUCAUCCUGAGAGAGACUGAGGUAAUGGAGUUAGAGUGGCCUUGUUUAUGGCCUUCAAUGUGAAAGCAGCUGGUCUCCAUCAUGGCGGUAUCCCUAGAACCCGUUGGUGGACACUAUAGCGGUAAGGGAGGCCACUGAGCCAAAGGAGGAGACAUUUCGAGAUUGGUUAACUAAUUGAGUUAUUGGUGGGCUAGAAGCUGUGAACAUUGGGCAGCCAUUUAUGCUGCAGCAACAAGGGAGCAGUUGGGGGUUCGAUGCCUUGCUCAAGGGCUCCUAAGUUAUGGUAUUGCCAGCCCAAGAUUCGAACCCACAACCCUAGGGUUAGGAGUCAAACCUUCUAACCACUAGGCCACGACUUCCCUAUUGCAGUGGUGCCAUCUAAAAAUGGACUGAAUUUGUUAGUUUUUGUAAAUUCAAAAACAAUACAAAACCUUAAAUUCCCUAACAUCAGCUGGUGACGGAAAUGCUGAAAGACACAGCACCCCUUGCUGCACAGUGAAGCUGGCCGUGACUAGAGCAUGGUGUCCACUGGCGCUGACUUUUUCAUGUGUUUUGCACCACGUCUCGACAGGGUGCUUAUUUAGAAAGUGAGAUGAUGCAACUUCACUUUUGCUGCAUCCGUUUUGAAAGUCUUGUCACAUAUGUUGAUACACUUGCAUCUUUAUCAAUGCACACAAAUCGGAUUUGAACACUUGAUCACUUCUAAAUGAAAAGAUCUGAUCUGAGAGAAAAAAAUAUUUCUGGAAUAAGUUUGCGCUGUUGAGGCUCACUGUUUGUCUCUUUGUGAGAGACUUAAAAACAAAUAAGCUUAACACACAUAAAGAAACUCAGAAGAAACACAUGGAUGUAAAAAAAUCAAAAUGUUUAGUUAUUCCUAACACGAUUUAGUUAAGUAACAUACAAUGACAAUUGAGCUAUUUUGCUCUAAUCUCACAACGUUAAAAAACAAUCUAAACACCUAAAGAGUCAGCUAGUGCAGGCAUUACCUGAAGUAUUGUGCACAUGCACAUUUACACUGCGCUCUUUCACUGCAUGAUUCAGUUAUUAAAAUACAUUCAGAAAAUGUGUAUAUUUAUACAACUUCAUAUAGUUAAUCAAUAUCACACGAAGAUUCUUUUUUUUUCUCCAAAAACUACUUUUUUUUUUUUUUUUUUUACAACAGUUCAAUAAACUAGAAGUUUAUUAAGAUGCCCAUAUUGCCUGUGUUAACACUAUUUCGAUAACAUGAAUAAUGGCAAACAAAGCCACAGCCACUGAUCUAUUUAUUGUAUAACAGAGAUCAGUAGCCACACAGCUAUUUUUCGUCUCUGAGCAACACAACAGUGUUUAGUUCGUGAAUAAAUCAAAUAUUUAAAUGAUUCGGUUCAAUCGAAAUAACUCACUUAUUAACAUGACUUGCUGCUGCCUACUGGCACUUUUAAUUUUACAUUUAAAUUAUCUUUUUAUUAUUUAAAUAAUUUCAAAUAUCAGUAUUCAACGUUUUAUGUUUAAUAUAUCAAAACAUUAUUUAUCUGUUUGUAAAAAAAAUAGGCCUUUGUAAAAGGUAAAUAAAAAAAUGCAGAUUUGAGUUU